AAUGGCUGGUCCUACCCCACGUUGAGUUAGCAUGAGAGUGAGUGUGUUGACCGUCCUCUGGUGAAGUUGGUUGUGUGUAAUUCAAAUAUUUAGAGCUGCUGAGCAACAUGGAGCGACAGUAGCACAGUUUUUUUGAACGUGGCCGACUGAAGGAGCUCACAGCCGGGAUAAAAAACGACUCGCAGCGAUGUCGGUAAACCGGUGUUUGUAUUUGUUACCCCGGCUUCAACGCCACAUUAGCCCCCGCACUGCUCGCAUCACCGCCGCUGGCUGUCAAGCGUCUGCUGGCUCUAGUUUGUUACACAGACAACACCAGGCUGGUUCUGUGGUUUGUAGCAGAAAUGUUUCAUCUAACAACUCUUCUCCAAAACCCCCGGACACCUCUCUGUUCGUCCCCGUCUCUCUGAAGGCUGACUCCUUGGUGGAUGGGGAUGUGGGAGCAGAGCUGACCCAGCCGCUAGAUAAAAAUGAACUGCUGAAACUUAUGAACCGGUUUUAUAAGAGGAAAGAGAUGCAGAUGCUGGCAGCAGAUAGUGGCCUGGAUGCUCGUCUGUUCCACCAGGCCUUCAUUAGCUUCAGGAAGUAUGUCCUGGAGAUGACAGCACUUCCCGCCGAUCUGCACAUCGUCCUUAGUGACAUUCGCUAUGGAGCAGGUCAUAUAGAUGACAUCUACCCAUACUUUUUGCGUCAUGCCAAGCAAAUCUUUCCUAUGCUGGACUGUAUGGACGACCUGAGAAAGAUCUCAGACCUCAGAGUCCCUGCUAACUGGUACCCUGAAGCUCGUGCCAUCCAGAGGAAAGUGAUUUUCCAUGCGGGCCCAACGAACAGUGGCAAAACCUACCACGCCAUCCAGCGAUACCUAACUGCAAAGUCUGGAGUCUACUGUGGCCCCCUGAAGCUACUGGCCCACGAGAUCUUUGAGAAGAGCAACACUGCUGGUGUUGCAUGUGACUUGGUUACGGGAGAGGAGAGGACCUUUGUGGACUUGGACAGUCGACCAGCUGCUCAUGUGGCCUGUACCAUUGAGAUGUGCAAUGUCACCACAAAAUAUGAGGUGGCUGUAAUCGAUGAAAUUCAAAUGAUCAGAGAUUCUUCCAGAGGCUGGGCCUGGACCAGAGCACUGCUAGGUCUCUGUGCAGAGGAGAUCCAUGUGUGCGGGGAACCUGCAGCCAUAGACUUUGUCAGAGAGCUGAUGUACACCACUGGAGAGGAAAUGGAGGUCAACACCUACAAGCGUUUAACUCCAAUCACAGUGCUGGAUCAAGCUGUUGAGUCAUUAGACAACUUAAGUCCAGGAGAUUGUAUUGUCUGCUUCAGUAAAAAUGACAUCUACUCCAUAAGCAGACAGAUUGAGGCCAGGGGGAAAGAAUGUGCUGUGAUUUAUGGGAGUUUACCUCCAGGCACUAAGCUGUCACAGGCCAAGAAGUUCAAUGAUCCUGACGACCCCUGCAAGAUACUGGUUGCCACAGAUGCUAUUGGAAUGGGCCUUAAUCUGAGUAUAAAACGGAUCAUCUUCAACAGUCUGGUUAAGCCUAACACUAAUGAGAAAGGGGAGAAACAGAUGGAGACCAUCAGCACAUCACAAGCCCUGCAGAUAGCUGGCCGCGCAGGAAGGUUCUCCUCCAUUUUUAAAGAUGGAGAAGUUACCACCAUGCACAGAGACGAUCUGCCUAUUCUGAAGGAAAUACUCCGACACUCAGUAGACCCCAUAGAGACUGCAGGUCUGCAUCCUACAGCAGAGCAAAUAGAGAUGUUUGCCUAUCAUCUACCUGACGCUACGCUGUCAAACCUCAUUGAAAUAUUUGUCAGCCUCUCUCAGGUGGACGGUAUGUAUUUUGUCUGCAACAUUGAUGACUUCAAGUUUCUGGCUGAUAUGAUUCAGCAUAUCCCACUCAACCUGAGGUCACGCUACGUCUUCUGUACUGCUCCCAUCAACAGGAAACAGCUUUUCGUUUGCACCUCCUUCCUAAAGUUUGCCCGUCAGUUCAGUCGAGACGAACCCUUGACAUUUGACUGGAUCUGUCGCCAUAUCCAUUGGCCUCUCCCUCCACCCAAAAACAUAAAAGACCUGGUUCACUUGGAAGCUGUUCAUGAUGUGUUGGAUCUUUACCUCUGGUUAAGCUACCGCUUCAUGGACAUGUUUCCAGACACGGUCAUGGUUCGAGCAAUCCAGCAGAAACUUGAUCAAAUCAUCCAGGAGGGUGUUCGCAAUAUCACCCGUCUCAUCAGAGCCACUGACCCACCCAUCACUGAUCUCUUACAGAAACAGAGCAAGAGGCGUAAUAAAACUGUCGGCAGCAAAAGUCCAAAGGGAAAAAAAGGUGACAGAAAGGAGAAGGAAAGCUCUCUGGCUUAUCGCCUAAUAAAAGACGGGCUGCUGACUCCUCAUUUGCUCCAGGAGCUGCAGAAGGAGUGGUUUAAAGAUCAAGUGCAGGAUUCUACCAAUCAGAGCACACUUGACCCUGAGGGCAACAAAGAGAAAGAGGGAAAGGUAUAGUAGAAAUGAAGAGGAAAAUGCGUUUGUUGUUAUACAUGAGCAGUGCUGUUCCUGUGGAGAUCAAUAACUGGGAUCCUUGGAAGCUUUGAAUAACAUCUGGUGGUUUGAUUGACAUUUAUGGGGGUUUUAAGCUAAAAGUAAUACUAAAAGUAUCUUUCAGCUAAAGCUAAAAAAGAAACACCAAAAUGGGACCUUUGAACAAGAGCUGUGUCUUCAAUUAUGAUCAGCUGAGAUUUACAGCAGAAAGCUGCAUUAUUUGGAGGUUGUCAUGUAAUUUACUUAUUUUCACUGUGAAAAAAUCUAACAUACAAACAGUCACUAGUGCUCUGGUUACUAGCUAGUGGCCUUUCUUUCUUGGCACUGCUGAGGGUUCACGUACCUUAUGAGACAUUCUCCUUUUUCAGUGUGAGCAUAAAAUGACUUUCAGUUACAAUCACCAUGGAAACUGAAAACUGGUUGUCUAAUAAGUCGAAUUAGCUCCACAACAAACUUUAUUGACCUCACUUGGCUUAUGAGGAGUAGAGACAUGGUGGUGGGUUAUUGUCAUGUCCUGCCUGAGCUAACGCUGGUCUUCAGUUCCAACCUGCAAACUGACAACAACUUGGUCUAACACAAUGUUUCAGUUGAUUUCAGUUCACACCGUCAUAAAUGCUCUUUUAGAAGCACUAUGAUCAGGAAAACAUUUUCAAAUGCACUUAGUGCGUGUGUUAUGCAGGCCUGGAAUCAGUUUGCUUUCCUUUUGCUCAGAAUACUCAAAUGUAAAACCUGUGAGUGCAGCCCUGUUAGUGUCUAUAUAGAUGAUAUACCAUAUUUUUCUCAUUUGUAUAUUUAAUGUGAUUACCUAUGUCAAAUAAAAAUUACUGUUUUAA